AUGACUCUAUCACGGAGAACAUCUCAAAUCAGCCGACUUUUGUCAUCUAAGCAAGAAGAAUAUGAGGAAGAUGAAGAUAUUCAAGAAGAUGAGGAAGGUGAAGAUAUUCAAGAAGAUGAGGAAGAUGAAGAUAUUCAAGAAGAUGAGGAAGAUGAAGAUAUUGAAAGUCGACCUUCUAAUCCCAAACUGCAGCAUCGUAGUGAGUUCCCCGUCCCUUUUGAUCUUCGAACUCGAGGAGAAGGUGGAGGUGGAGGAUUAUCCAUGGAAGUUGAAAGAGGCAGGCAGUCCAAGCUAACACCACAUCAGAUUCUUUAUCUAGCUGCUUUGGAAAAUAACUGGGGACUUGCUAAGCCUAUUUUGGACAAAGAUCCAAGUUUAGCAACUGCAAAAAUAACGGAACGGGGUGAACGAGUUCUACAUAUUGCCGUUUCAGCAAGGAGCACCCAAUUUGUAAGAGAGCUAGUGAAACUGAUGAAGGAAGAUGAUUUGAAAUUGGAAAGUGCGGACGGAACUACUGCAUUUUGUUUUGCAGCAGUGUCAGGGGUUACUGAUAUUGCUAAAGCAAUGAUAGAAAUCAAUGAGAAUCUGCCUAACAUACCCGACAAUGAUGGAACCACACCAAUAACUUUUGCAGCUUCCCUCGGGAAAAAAGAUAUGGUCUCGUAUCUCUACGAGGUCACAAAUCUUGAACAGCUAGAAAAAAAAGAACUAUUUCAGCUUCUUGAAGUCACAAUUCAGAAUGAGAUCUAUGAUGUGGCAUUAAAAAUACUCAGAAGGGUCAAAAAAAUACCCGUUGGCAGACUUUCAAAUCUCUUAAAUGUGUUAUCUAAAAAGCCUUUAACAAUCAGUAGUGAAAAUCCAGAGGGAAAGUGGGGUCAGUUCAUUCAUCUAUUAAAUUCCGGAUUUCAGCGAGCUUGUUUGCUACUUACAAGAAUGUUUAUGAUAGUGCCAUUUAUCCCGUGGUUUAAAAGGAUUGGAGUUCUUCAAGAGAAAUCUUCACAGAGGGAGCAAGCUGGUGUGCUGCUUAAGAAGCUGUGGGCAAAAUGUGAACGACAAUUGUCAGAGGAUAAGCUUUCAAAGCUAGUCGAGGACAAAGAAAUACUCCAUACUGCUACAAGAGCGGGAAAUGUAGAGUUUUUGGCUGUGCUUAUUCGCAAUCAUCCUGAUCUCAUAUGGAAAGUCGACAAAAAAAUGCGGACCAUUUUCCAUGUUGCAGUUUUACAUCGAGAGGGAAAAGUCUUUAGUCUUAUACGCCAAAUAGGAACAAUUAAAGACUUAAUUAUUCUAAUAGAAGAUGUUGAUGACAAUAACAUUCUACAUUUGGCUGGAAUGUUGGGGCAGCCUAGUGAUCUUAAGCAGGAACUUGAGCAACAACAGCUUGAGGAGGAGCCAACAGAGGAACCGCUACAAGAAUUGAUUAGAGAGAUAAAACAGAUAAAAUCGACAGUGUGCUUUAAGGAGUCCAAUAAGAUUAUGCCGCCUUCACUUCUGAAAGUAUCUGGUGCUGCUCUUCGAAUGCAAAGAGAGAUAAUGUGGUUUAAGGAGGUGGAGAAAACUGUACCAUCUUCAUUCCUCAAGAAUAAAAACAAAGAUGGCAAAACGCCGGGGCAAUUAUUCUCGGAGGAGCACAAGCAUUUACUCAAAGAAGGGGAAGCGUGGAUGAAAGACACUGCAAAUUAUUGUAUGAUUGUUGCAGCUUUGAUUGCCACAGUCAUGUUUGCUGCUGCCUUCACUGUUCCAGGCGGUAAUAACAGCGACGAAGGCACUCCAGUAAUGCUAAAAUCGAAUGCCUUUGCGGUGUUUGUCACAUCGGAUGCUGUGGCACUCUUCAGUUCAAUUAUUUCUAUCAUUAUGUUCUUAUCCAUACUCACGUCUCGCUACACUGAAGAUGAUUUUCUUGUGGCAUUGCCUGCCAAGAUAUUGUGUGGACUCACGGCACUCUUCAUCUCGAUAGUUAGCAUGCUCGUGGCUUUUGCAGCAACUUUCUUCUUGGUCUAUAAUUAUCAUAGGGCCUAUGAGCCCAAGGUCAUUGCUGCUUUUACUGGACUUCCUGUAGCUUUGUUUGCGGGUUUACAGUUUAGCCUAUGGUUGGAUACGGCGAAAUCAACAUGCUCGUCCAAAUUUCUAUUUACACCAGGAAAGCAUAGGAUUUAUAACAAACAGAUCUGUCACAACAGAGGAGCGGGCUACAGUUUCAGUCUUUUUAAUAAGUGAUGCCUUAUUUCAAGUGGUUUCGUAAAUUAGUUGCAAUGUCUUGAGUAUGACUAAUGUGAUGAAGUUUCCAAGCUUGCCAUUCGGACUGUAAUAAGAUUAGCACACUACUAUUUAUGU